UGCCUACUUGACCCGAACUCCCCUAAUGUUAACUUGAUUGGCUCAUUUCCGUACUGCCUUUAACUUAGUAUGGGCCCCAUGUAUUUUUUGAAAACCUGGAAUAGAUUCCUACAGAUUAACUGCUUGCAGAAUAGCUUGUGUUAAUGUUUUAACUUAUGACUUAAUAGAUGGUGGUAAAAUUGAAAUUGUACAAUAAUUUGUCUACAUUACACUUAGCAGUAGGAUAUGAAUGUCUGAUGUAUUUCUUUUACAAUAGUAUAAGCUAUCAUAAUGUGAAUGGAAAAACUCCAGUUCAGGAUUUUAAAAAGCUCAACUUUUGUUCUCUGGUCCAUAGAACGCUAACUGCGUACAGUUUCCAAAUGCUUAUCUUCUCAUAGUGCAGAAGUGUGACUAGCAACAAGCUUGGACAAGCUUGCACUUUAAAAAAGUCCUGUUAUGGAAUAUUGCUACAUGCAUUAACCCUAAUGAAGGGCUCACAGCACUGAGGAAUUUGAUUUGUACAAAGUAAAGAAAUUACUGACAAAGAAACAGUUCACAAAAUGUCAGUUAACAGCAGAAAAACCUCGGGACGUCCAUCCUAUUACUACAGACUUUUGGGCAGGUCACGUCUUCAGAGACAACGCAGUCGUUCCAGGAGUCGCAGCAGACCAGGAAACAGGGAUUCUCCAAUUGAGAGACCUGGCCGGAGACGCAGCAUGCCGGGGAACACUCCCGAGGAUAACCCCACCGUGGAACCACCCACUUCUACAUCCUUUCGUGUGACGGGGUUCCUGAGCCGUCGGCUGAAAGGUUCCAUCAAAAGGACAAAGAGCCAGCCCAAGCUCGACAGGAACAGCAGUUUCCGGCACAUCUUACCUGGAUUUAGGAGCGUGGAGAAUGAAAGAUCACGUCUAAUGCCGAGGUUGAAAGAAUCGCGUUCUCACGAGUCUUUGCUCAGUCCUAGUAGUGCUGUGGAGGCAUUGGAUCUCAGUAUGGAGGAAGAAGUCAUGAUUAAAUCUGUUCACAGUAGUAUCCUAGGUCAAGAUUACUGUUUCGAGGUGACAACUUCAACAGGCAGCAAAUGCUUCUCAUGUCGUUCAGUAGCAGAAAGGGAUAAGUGGAUGGAAAAUCUACGCCGUGCAGUACAGCCAAAUAAGGACAACAGCAGACGGGUAGAGAACCUGCUCAAACUAUGGAUUAUUGAAGCCAAGGAUCUGCCAGCCAAGAAAAAGUAUUUCUGUGAACUCUGCCUUGAUGAUACACUGUAUGCACGGACUACUUGCAAGCUGAAAACAGACAAUGUUUUCUGGGGAGAGCACUUUGAGUUCAGUAACCUGCCCGCAGUCAGAAACAUUACAGUGCACUUGUAUAAAGAGACUGAUAAAAAGAAAAAGAAAGAUAAGAAUAACUACGUGGGUCUGGUGAACAUCCCAAUAGCGACUGUGACAGGACGACAGUUUCUAGAGAAAUGGUAUCCUGUGAGCAUGCCCAACCCCAGCAAGGGCAAAUCAGUGGGGCCAAUGAUCAGAAUCAAAGCUCGCUAUCAGAGCAUGAGCAUUCUUCCAAUGGAGCUGUACAAAGAAUUUGCUGAGUACACUACUAAUAACUAUAUGCUGUUGUGCUCAGUGUUGGAGCCUGUGUUGAGUGUCAAGAGCAAGGAGGAGAUGGCUUGUGCAUUAGUGCACAUUCUGCAAAGUACUGGGAAGGCCAAGGAUUUCUUGACAGAUUUAAUGAUGUCUGAAGUCGAUCGUUGCGGUGACAAUGAACAUCUAAUUUUUCGAGAAAACACCUUAGCAACCAAAGCAAUAGAAGAGUAUCUAAAGUUGGUUGGCCAGAAGUAUCUUCAAGAUGCACUUGGAGAAUUCAUCAAGGCUCUCUAUGAAUCAGAUGAAAAUUGUGAGGUGGAUCCAAACAAAUGCUCAUCAGGAGACCUUGCUGAGCAUCAGAGUAACUUGAAAAUGUGCUGUGAGCUGGCAUUCUGCAAGAUCAUUAACUCAUACUGCGUAUUUCCACGAGAACUGAAGGAAGUGUUUGCAUCAUGGAGACAGGAGUGUAGCAACCGUGGACGUCCUGACAUCAGCGAGAGAUUAAUUAGUGCUUCCCUCUUUCUGCGGUUCCUCUGUCCGGCCAUUAUGUCCCCUUCUCUCUUCAACCUUCUGCAGGAAUACCCAGAUGACCGCACAGCCCGCACUUUGACUUUAAUUGCCAAGGUUACUCAAAACUUAGCUAAUUUUGCAAAGUUUGGUAGCAAAGAAGAGUAUAUGUCUUUCAUGAAUCAGUUCCUUGAACAUGAGUGGACCAACAUGCAGCGAUUCUUACUGGAAAUUUCCAAUCCAGAAACCAUUUCAAAUACGGCGGGAUUUGAGGGUUACAUUGAUCUGGGCCGAGAACUCUCCACCCUACAUUCACUGCUCUGGGAAGUGGUUUCGCAAAUGGAGCAGGCAACUUCAACAAAGCUUGGCCCCUUGCCUCGCAUUUUAAGAGAUGUCAACACUGUGCUGACCAACCCAGGAGCUGUACCUGUGCCAACGACCUCUGACCCAUGCACCUCAACACCAAAUCCCUCCAAUAGCAGCAUAUCGUCAGGCCUGCAGAAGAUGGUGAUAGAUAAUGAAUUUAGUGGUUUAUUAGAUUGUACAAGGUUACCAUCUCCUACCCCAGAAAACAAGGACUUGUUUUUUGUCACAAAGUCCUCUGCAGUACAGCCAUCCCCUGCUCGCAGCUCAAGCUAUUCCGAAGCCAAUGAAGCAGAGCAACAAAUGCCAAAUGGUAACAAGAGCAUAUCAAUGGUUGAUUUGCAAGAGAACCGCAGUUUGGACAGUACAACAAGUGCUCCCAAUACAGGUGAUUCCCUAAAUGACAGUCAAGGAUCCAGUGGGCAUUUACAGACAAUGUGGCCUCCAAGACCUCCUCAAAAUGCAGCGUCAACUGGGGUUGGGAAUGUAGGACGUAAGCCUGGACAAACAGCAAGCACACCUAAUGCAGAUGGCACACCAGGAAGACCACAACUUCUGGCACCAUUAUCUUUCCAAAACCCAGUGUACCAGAUGGCAGCAGGUAUUCUAGUUUCACCACGUGGAGUGGCAGACUCAGGAUCAGAAUGCCUCAGCUCUAUUAGCUCCCACAGCAAUAAUGAAGAACUGACAGCCAACAAAUCCACUUUUCUUAGCCAUACAAGCACAGAAGACUUUACCAGGCGUUCUGGAGAAUUCACAAGAAGACAGCUUUCCUUAACAGAGAAGGUUCCUCAGAAUGUAGUACCACGUCAGAACAGUGCAGGCCCACAACGCCGAAUAGACCAACCUCCACCAACAGCUAGAGGCAGGACACCACCAGCCUUAUUAUUCAACCCCCCUCAGUAUCCAAGGCCUUCCAGUGGAGGUAUUACACCAUCCUCAUCAGAAUGGCCAAGCACUGGCACAAAGCUGCGGCAGCAAUCAUCAUCUUCUAAAGGGGACAGUCCUGAAAUGAAACAACGCACAAUACAAAAACAGGCCCCCUCACCUGCAAAUGCCUUGUCCUCAGUGGACCGUACUGCAGCAUGGCUGAUGAAUAUGAAUAUGCAAUUCAUAGAUGACGAAACAGUGGACCCAGGCUCUAAGCGCAGGGAUGAUGUCAGACCUAAAGAGGAAUUUAGCCAGAUAGAGAAGUAUCAGCAGGAGAUUGCCAUACUUCAGGAUAAACUGAGGGCCUCCAAUCGGAAGUUGGAAGAAUAUGAGGUGCAUUUAAAGAACCAAGAGGAACAUGCACAAAAGAUGAUGCUGGAAUACCAAGCCAGACUGGAGGAGGGCGAGGAACGACUUCGCAGACAACAAGAUGACAAGGAGGUGCAGAUGAAAGGCAUUAUCAGCAGAUUAAUGGCUGUUGAAGAUGAGCUGAAGAAAGAUCAUGCAGAGAUGCAGGCAGCAGUAGACUCUAAGCAAAAGAUCAUUGAGGCACAGGAGAAACGCAUUGUCUCACUAGAUGCAGCUAAUGCCCGACUGAUGAGUGCCCUGUCACAGCUGAAGGAGCGAUACAGCAUGCAAAGCCGCAAUGGCAUCUCCCCGACCAAUCCCACUAAACUACAAAUCACUGAAAACGGGGAAUUCAGAAAUAGCAGCAAUUGCUAGAUUGAUGAUCCAUAACUGCAAAUGACAUUAGUAUGAUGAGUGCUUACAACACAAGAUGUGUUAAAGCACAGGCAACAGUUAGGCUAACAGAGAAACGUGUGUCCAAAUAUCUUUUGAUUAAGUUUGUUUGUUUAUAAGAAGUUCCUUUACAUGGUUACUUGGACAAAGAAGCAUGUUAAUCAGAAAAAAAAUGUAGUAAACCUUGGAAAGUUUCAGACCAACAUGUUGCACUGGAGUACCCCUGUAAUGUUUAAGAUGUGGGGCGUCGAAUCUCAACUUAGCGUGCAGUCGGAUUUCAAAGAUGAAAUUACCAUAACCGUAAAACAGUGCUGAAAAAUUCUGUUUUACACCAGUGCAGAUUCUGUUUGAUUACUCCUGGGCCUCACCAUUUUUAAUGCUCAACUAUAAUAUCCUCAACGUCAAGUGGAUCCGCUGAACAGUUCACCUUGUGAAAUGCCUCAGAGCAGAAACUGGGAAGUUUGGCUAUUACUUUAUUGCCACUAUAAUUAGGUAUACAGACCCUAAUGAAACACCAGUUUUAUAGAAGCUACAGUGCUUUAUUCCCUCGUUAUGUAUCACUUAAUUUACUGAUAAUUAGUAUUUUCCAAUUUUGAACUCCCAUGUGCUUCAGCAGAUGCUUGUUGCUGUUGACACCUCUCUCGCUCAGUGUUUAUAAUCGCACUUUUACCAUGCACAUGAAGUUUUUUUGGGAAUAUGAUUUUCUUAUUUUUGAAGCCUUUUAUAAGGAAAUGCUACAUGUUAAAGUUCAUGGAAACAUGCGGAUUCACAUAUAUUCACCUGGAUUCUACUACUCAACAUGUUCACCGAGGUAAAGCUAUCCUCUAAUUACAGAAGAAUGCUUUGAGGGCUUGAAACUACAACAAGAAAGUUACUAAAUUGAUAUCAGAGUGAGGAUUGCUUUGGGAGGUGCUGCAUAGAAGUUACUUACUGAGAAAGCUUGAUACAACAUGACUUUUUGACUGAAUAAUCGAAAGUGAUACAAAAUACAGCUCCUGAAUCAAAGUGAUAUGUGAAAGAAGCAGAUGGUAGGCUUGUACUCACCAAGUUUGUGAAUCACUACUUUUGGAUGCAUUUAAUAUUUAUUUAAUCUUGUCAGUUAUCUUCAGAAAACUUCUUAAGUUGGUUUUAUUUUCAUUUAUGCACCAUAUUCUUUUAAAAAGUCCUUUAACUAUAAAAGGCUUUUCUGUACAAAUUGAUGGUCUUGGUGCAUUUUCCAUAUUCUGCUGUUCCCAGAGAAACAGAUGGACACUGUUGUUUCAAAAACAAUUCUGAUUUUAAAACUAAACCUUUAAAAUGAUACAGUAAGAUUAGUUCUAUUAAAAUUUAUACUUUGUGUGUGUUUUGUGAGGGUAUUUAAAAACCCAAGAGAAAGAUUAACUUUCCUCCUGAAAAUUUUUACUUUUAACUGUGUCAGUCAAUUUUUGCAUCAGUACUGUGUUAAAAUCCUAUGUAUCUGAAAAACUGUAUAUAGUUAACAUCUGUUUCUGGUACUGCUUGUCUCAAAGUCGCGGCAGAGUGACUGCAUCUUUAACUGCUGUUUAUGUUGUUAAAAAUGUCUGAAAUGCCAGUGGUGGCAAAUUAAAACCACUUUAUAUAGGCAAACAAAAUCACUGUGUGAUUGCAAUCUGUGGUUCUGUAGUUCAAGACCAUUUGUUAUACUUAUUGACUUUUCAGAUUUGCAGCAUCUUAAGUUGCGUUUGUAUUUAGCUACACUGACACAUGACAAGUAUCAUGACUGCACCAGUGAUUCGGUAUAAUAAGCCCACUAGCCAGUUCAGUGGUUUCACAGAGGGGGAGAAAGAGGGAAUAAUUCUGUGUACUGAUUUAAGCACUGCUAUGGAAUGCAAGAAGCCGAAAGGGAAAAACAACAUAACGUCCUGAAAUUCUACACACUAGCAAAAAUAAGACGUGCCAUACAUCCUAUAAACAGCAUAAAACAAGUAAAAUUUUUUAAAUGCACUGCUAAAACCAGAACAUUCCUAGCCAUACCCAUGUAGCAAUUAAACAAAGAUGGCCUUUCUUAGGAUUUAAAAAAUAUUUGUUUGUAGAUGCAUUUAAAAAAGGUUUUAUAAUUUUCAGUUUUUAAAUGCAUGUAACAUACUCUGCAUCUGUAAAAGACCAUGUUGGUAAUUUGAAUUAAACUACACAUUGUUAAUUUUAUUUAUUUUAUAAACUGUGGAGGCCCUUUAAAAAGGUAAAUGUCUAAAAGUCAUAGGUAUCAUUUCUCGGUGUUUCGACUCCUGCGCAGUAAACGGAAAGCCACAGACCUUGAAGUGGUGCUUUCCCAUGUAAAUCACAUUUUAAUGCCUCAAAUCAAAGUGAAAAUUGAUGGAGACAGAGAGAAACGUCUGGGAGAGUUAGAGGCCUGAGUAUGUGGGAGUGUGUGGAGAAGAAAUAGAGUCAUAGAGAUGUACUGCACGGAAACAGACCCUUUGGUCCAACUCAUCCAUGCCGACCAGAUAUCCCAAUCCGAUCUAGUCCCAGUUGUCAGCACUUGGCAUAUAUCCCUCUAAACCCAUCCUAUUCAUAUACCCAUCCAGAUGCCUUUUAAAUGUUGCAAUUAUACGAGCUUCCAU